AUGGCACACCAAGCACACUCCUACCACAUAGUCGACCCCAGCCCCUGACCAAUCUUUGGAGCUGCCGCCGCCUUACUCACAACCUCAGGGCUAGUCAUGUGAUUCCACUACAACUCAUCUAUCCUGCUAGCCGCCGGCCUCUUAUCAAUGCUCCUAGUGAUACUCCAAUGAUGACGGGACAUUGUCCGAGAGAGCACCUUCCAAGGCCACCACACACCUACAGUCCAAAAAGGCCUACGAUACGGCAUAAUCCUCUUCAUCACAUCCGAAGCUUUCUUCUUCCUAGGAUUUUUCUGGGCAUUCUUCCACUCAAGCCUAGUACCAACCCCCGAACUAGGCGGCCAAUGACCCCCAGCGGGCAUCAAACCGCUCAACCCCAUAGAAGUCCCGCUACUAAACACAGCCAUCCUCCUAGCCUCAGGCGUAACUGUCACAUGAGCCCACCACAGCAUCACAGAAGGAAACCGAAAACAUGCCAUCCACGCCCUAACAUUGACGAUUCUCCUAGGAUUCUACUUCACCGCCCUACAAGCAAUAGAGUACCAUGAAGCCCCAUUCUCAAUCGCCGACAGCGUCUACGGCUCCACUUUCUUUGUUGCCACCGGAUUCCACGGACUCCACGUGAUCAUCGGAUCCACCUUCCUAACCGUCUGCCUCCUCCGACUAAUCAAAUUCCACUUCACAUCAGACCACCACUUCGGAUUUGAAGCCGCAGCCUGAUACUGACACUUCGUAGACGUUAUCUGACUAUUCCUCUAUAUAACCAUCUACUGAUGAGGAUCUU